AUCUUCCUCUCACACUUUCUCUCUCCCCUUCAUCUCACCUCCAACUAGUCAGUGCUCCGUCUCUCUGUCCUGCUUUGUCUCUCUCUCUCUCUUUUACCCUCCCAGUCUCUCUCUCUCUCUCUCUUUCUCUCUGAAGCUCCAGUUUGGUUUUCUGUCUGUCUGUGCGUUGCAGGUCUUGUUCUUCUGUAGACCUGAACCUCCAGCCGAACCCGGGACUCCAGCUCAUUCUACAGCGGCAGAAAUGGCGAUGAACAGCAUCCUUAACACUGAUGACAUUAAGAAAGCCCUUGAGACAUUUAAAGUCGCUGACUCAUUCGACCACAAGAGGUUUUUUGAGAUGGUCGGACUGAAGGCGAAGUCAGCUGCUGAUGUGAAGAAGGCCUUCCAUCUCCUUGAUGCUGACAACAGUGGUUUUAUAGAGGAAGAAGAACUCAAGUUUGUUCUGAAAGUUUUUGCUUUAGAUGGGAGAGACCUGACUGAUAAGGAGACCAAAGCAUUCCUGCAGGCCGCAGAUAAAGAUGGAGAUGGAAAGAUCGGAGCGGAAGAGUUUGCUGCUCUAGUUCGUGAAUAAGUGACACAGACUCUUGGUGUAUUCAUACUUCUUAACCUUUUGACCUUGAUCUCAGUCCCCUAACACACCCCUGACACACAUACAUACACCCUCACAAGCUUGCACGCUCCAUUCUUACUACAUUAUCUCCCUAUACACAAACACACACACACACACACACACACACACACACACACACUAACCUCCUAUAAUCAUGCUAUUUAUUUUCCUUUUUAUACAGAAGUGAGUGUUUUUGUUAGUGUAUAGAUCAAGAGACCUUAUACAGGGCAAAACCUCAUGUUGGCAAUAUGUAGAUAUUAUAGAAGAGAAAAAAAAACCCUCUAUUUUCUUCUGUUCACUCUCCAUUGCCGUCUAUGUCUAUAUCUUCCUUCAGUCUCUCCUAUUGAUCUUUCUCUCCUCUGCCCCUUGGCAAUGCUCACUCUCUCCAUCUCUCUGGUAACAAGCCGUAGUGAAACACACCAAAUGAAUAAAGAGGUCAAGCUGUGAAAGAAAAAACAAAAUAAAGUAAAAAUUGCCUCAAGA